AUGGGCAAGUGUUUCGCGGGGACGCUGUUCAUAAUGCUGAUGGCGUCCGCCAACCACGACGGCAUCUACAUGUGGCUGGGCCACCUGAGCUUCACCUACACCCUUGUGGGUAUCUACCUGGCGGUGCACAGCCUCUUUAGCUCCCUCGACAGCACCACCACAGUCUUUUCGGUGCUGUACUACGGCAUGGGCGCCUUCUUAUUUCUGGCCGCAGGCAUCGGUGUCUUUUCCAAGGGCUACGAUGGCAUGAUGGGGAUCGUCAUCGGUAGCUUUUCCGUGGCUCUGGGGGGAAUUAUGACCGUCUUCGCCGUGUGUGGAUCUAAAAUGUAG